AGAUUUUCCUCAACCAAACGCAACUUAUAUUCCGUAAAUAAACAAAAUUACAAAACAAAACAAAACAAAAAGUUUAAAAAUUGAUCCAUCUUUUUUUUAAUGGAACGAAAAGAGAUCAACGGGAAGCAUCGCGAUUCUUGUGGCGCGCAUCGCCGGAGGUAGAAUUCAUCGCCGGUUGUUCUGUCGAUAAAUAUUUGCUUGAAAAGAGACAAGUAGAUUUGUAUAUUGUAUAUUCCUCUUUCUCAACGAUCAGCAUUUCGUGUCAGAGUUCAGACUAGUAGAAGUGGAGAAUGGUCAACAGGGCUGGAGUAUUUUGAUGCGCAGGAGUUACCAUGUUACAGUGCUUAGAGGGAAUCAAGAAUUUGGGGGCAUCAUUACUACGAUGUUGUGAUCUUGAUUUGUAUAGACAAACAGGAGGACUUGACGAUCCUGAAAUCCUUGCAAGAGAUACCGUGUUUAGUGUUAGUGAAAUUGAAGCGCUCUAUGAAUUGUUUAAGAAGAUCAGCAGUGCUGUGAUUGAUGAUGGGCUAAUCAACAAGGAAAAGUUCCAAUUGGCCCUAUUCAAGACCAACAAAAAAGAAAGUUUGUUUGCUGAUCGGGUGUUUGACUUGUUUGACACAAAGCAUAAUGGUAUCCUUGGUUUUGAGGAGUUUGCUCGUGCACUUUCUGUUUUUCAUCCAAAUGCCCCUAUUGAUGAUAAGAUUGAGUUUUCUUUUCAACUAUAUGAUCUCAAGCAACAAGGUUACAUUGAGAGACAAGAGGUGAAGCAAAUGGUGGUUGCUACCCUAGCUGAAUCGGGCAUGAACCUUUCAGAUGAUGUGAUUGAGAGCAUUAUUGACAAGACGUUUGAGGAGGCAGAUACAAAACAUGAUGGGAAAAUUGACGAGGAGGAAUGGAGGAACCUUGUCUUGAGACACCCGUCGCUUCUAAAGAAUAUGACCCUUCAAUACCUUAAGGACAUCACAACUACAUUUCCAAGCUUCGUCUUUCACUCUAGAGUCGAGGAUACCUGAUAAAUUAUUGCUGCUGCAUCAGAUUGUUGUAUGAAUGAAUUGAAAUCCAUGCCAGAAUAUGCAAUUUUUGCGGCUGCAGACAGACAAUUUUAGUGGGUUCAAAAUUGUAUUCUACACUGAUCACAAAGCAAGCUAUACGCACGAGGACUGCGUUAUCAAAUCCUACAUUUCUCUACUUGUGCUCGCGUGAUCUUUUGUAGGGAGUGAAGGGCGUCCGGGAUGAGAGAUUUUGCUUUUUUGAAUAAUAGUCUGGAUCAAAU